AUGCAGGCGCUGCAUACCGUGCUUUCACAGGGCCAUACUUUCGGCCGAAGCCAGGAAGCUUGCUUUGUCUUUGGCUCCCUGCAGGCCCUGGCUGAAAAAGCCUUGCGCAUUCGAAGCCUUCGGCACCUCGACGUCGCUGGCAACGGCCUGGGUGCGGCCGGCUUCCAGGCCUUGGCAGAGGCUUUGGCUGAGACUUCCCUGCUGGAGUCUCUGGACAUAGGCUCCAACGAUCUCGGGCCGAACUGUGCCGAGGCCUUGCAGAAGCUUCUCCUGGGUACGAAGACCCUCAAGGACUUCCGUGCUGCCCACAACGCCUUGGGGGAUGCGGGGGCCAAGGUCGUGGCAGAAUGCCUCGACUCUGACCGCUGUGCGAUCGAACGACUGAGCCUCGUGGCCAACGGCAUCGGCCAGAAAGGAUUCAAGGCUCUGGCCUCCAGUCGGCGACAUCAUGCAGCCGUUCAGCUCCACAUCUCCGGAAACUUUACGAACCUACACUGGCGUUUUCGGAUGGAGGCUGCCACAGACCUGAGUCGGUGCUUCAGGCUGAUGGACGUGGUGGCACACGAUGACGACAAGUCGACUGCUCGUGACAAAGCCCAGGAGGUCCGGCAGGCUCUCCGAGAGGGCAACGUUGAGAUCUUUUGGAAAAAGGGUUGCAAGGCAUCGCGACGGCUGGCUGCGGCCUUGCAGGGCCCGUCUCGGCUCCAGGUCUUACACGUCGACAAGGGUUAUGAUGUCGAGGCGGCCGCGUUGGAGGCCCUCGAGGGCCACGUGGCGCUGAAGAGCCUCGUACUCGACAGCAUCAACGGCUCGCUGUCGGAGGCCCUCGGCUUCGCCUUGGAUGGAAGGUCUGGUCUUGAGGAGCUGGUCGUACAAUACAGUUUCACCCAUCUCAAUCCCGAAGGAAUGCAGGCCCUGGCGUCCGCUCUCAAGGGCCUCGCUGCGCUGAAGGUCCUUUAUCUAAGCCACAGCGAUCUCGGGGACGACGGGGCGAAGGUCCUGGCGCCCGCUCUCCAGGGCCUCGCCGCGCUGAAGGUCCUUGAUCUAGAGCGCAACGAUCUCGGGCACGACGGGGCGAAGGCUCUGGCGGAGUCCCUCACGGGCAUGUCCUUGCUCGAGGAGUUGCGCCUACGGGGGAACAAGAUCGGUUCAGAGGGUGCUCAGGUCCUGGCGCCCGCUCUCCAGGGCCUCGCCGCGCUGAAGGUCCUUGAUCUAGAGCGCAACGAUCUCGGGCACGACGGGGCGAAGGCUCUGGCGGAGUCCCUCACGGGCAUGUCCUUGCUCGAGGAGUUGCGCCUACGGGGGAACAAGAUCGGUUCAGAGGGUGCUCAGGCCGGGAAGAGUUCUGUCUUACCAAGAUCUCCAGGCCAAGCGGGUGUAAAGCAGCUUCGCUCGGGAAAGCAGCUUUGCCGCCAGGCCCUGGCGCCCGCUCUCAAGGGCCUCGCUGCCCUGAAGGACCUUUAUCUAAGCGGCAACGAUCUCGGGGACGACGGGGAGAAGGCGCGUCGUGGCAGAACUACGAGCAUGUCCGUGAGAUUCUGA